AUGAACUUCUUGACCACUCGGCAAGAAUCCCCAUCAGCAGCUCCAGAUAGAAUCACAGUCCAAUCACACGCUUCCCCGGAUUUAGACUCAACCAGCACCACCGGCACUGCCACUACCACCAGCAUCAUCACCACCCCGAAUUCAUCAGAAAUGGCCAACCAAUCUCCAUCCCUCUACAAGCUCAUAAUCCUCAAAAACGACCUCCAACGCGACGACUGGAAAGAUGCCACAGUCUCAAUCUUCGAUACCAACGAAGAUCCAACACCAGAGAACCAUCCGCUCUUGCUGUUCCAACUGGCAAAUUACUCUUCGGCGGCAUUAAGGUUCUUAGAACGAGUGAUCGAACAAGUCAAUAAUAGUCCGCUGUUAGAGGGUACUGGGUGCAAAUAUUGUCCCUCUGCGGCGGUUAGAUAUGAUACAGACCCUCAUGGACAUCAUCGUGGGGUUAUUUUGAAAUUGAUGAAUAUUGAACGGGAUUUUCGGGAUUAUUCGCGAGAGAGGGAUGAGCCACCGAGUUAUACGGGUUCUACUACUCAGUAG